AUGACGAGACUAUUGCCAUGCAUUCUAAGCUCUAUACUGUCGCUGGUAGCUGCGGAACAGCCAUCUGCCCCCAACCCAGUCGCCGCGCCGAUGAGGUCUUUACCAUGGGGUGAUCUAAACUUCUUACAGACUACCGAUACACACGGAUGGCAGGCUGGGCAUCUUCAAGAAGCCCAAUACUCUGCGGACUGGGGAGACUAUAUCUCCUUCGCGGAGCGCAUGCGUGAAAAGGCGGAUACUAUGGGAGUAGACCUUCUUCUUGUCGACACUGGGGAUCGGAUAGAGGGCAACGGCUUGUACGACGGCUCCACCCCGAAAGGCGAAUAUUUCUACGAUAUAAUGAAGGAGCAGCAUAUUGAUGUUAUAUGUACUGGAAAUCACGAACUCUAUCAAGCCGAUGCCGCGGCAAGGGAAUAUGAUAUUACGGUUCCGAACUUCAGCGGGAGAUAUUUGGCAUCAAACCUCGACUACAUAAACCCAGAAACUGGCAAACCUGUGCCUAUGGCACAAAGAUAUCGAAAAUUUACGACGAAGAACAGAGGCAUUCGGGUGCUGGCCUUCGGAUUCCUUUUUGACUUCACCGGAAAUGCGAACAACACAGUGGUUCAGCCUGUUGAGCAAACCAUUAAAGAAGAUUGGUUCCAGGAAGCAAUUCGAGAGGACGUGGAUUUGUUUCUUAUUAUCGGACAUGUCACACUUCGUGGCCCCGAAUAUAAAGCCCUGUACGAUGCGAUCAGAGGACAGAAGUGGGAUACUCCCAUCCAGUUCUUCGGAGGCCAUAGUCAUAUUCGUAACUACGCAAAGUAUGAUUCAAAUGCACAUGGUUUACAAGCUGGCAGAUAUAUGGAAACAAUUGGAUGGAUGUCUAUUAAGGGGCUGGGUGGCAGCAAAAAGGUAGAGGAAGAAUCGCGGGAACUUAAGACUAGGUCAACCCCGACUUUCAAACGCAGAUAUAUCGAUAACAAUCUGUUUGGUUAUCAUUAUCACACCGGGCUGAACGAUACGACAUUCCCAACUGAGCACGGAAAGAACGUGUCAGCCAUGAUCAACGAUGCCAGGAAGGAGCUGAAGCUCGAUCACACAUUUGGAUGCGCGCCAAAGGAUCUUUGGAUGAGCAGAGCAAAAUACCCUAGCAGUGACAGCCUCUUCUCUUGGCUCGAGAAAGAGGUUCUUCCAGUCGUUGUGGUAAAUGAGGAACGAAAAGGUGUACCCACUCUAGCUCUUGCUAACACUGGUACGUUGAGAUUUGACGUGUUCAAGGGAGCAUUUACGAAAGAUACCACUUUCAUCAUUUCUCCAUUCGUCAGCAAGUUCCUCGUCAUCAAAGACGUGCCAUACAAGUCUGCCAAGGGCAUUUUGGAUCUUCUAAACAAUGGUGGCCCAGUUUUUGAGACCUCGGAUUUUCACACCUCUCAGUUGGCGCCACCUGAACAGCUAUCUGUUUUAGAGGAUAUCACCCCGGCGACUCUUGCCCAGGAUCAUUUUGAUGCCUUCAAAUCCCAACAAGAACAAAUUCCUUUGAUAUCCCGCUCAGAAAAGGACUCCCCAGAUCUGAUUCCCGGAUACACAACCAAAGACGAAGGAGGCUCCGAUGGCGACGACACCAUUCACAGCCCCAUCACAUUUUAUCGUGUACCAAAUUGUGUACAAGCACCAAUCUCAUUUCCUGCCGAAGGAGACCCAGAGAAUGUGGACUUGGUGUUUGUGGAUUUCAUACAGCCAUGGAUCUUGAUGGCUUUGCAAUUCAAAGGGGAGAAAUAUGGGAAACAAGAUGUGCAGUCGUAUACCAACUCUACAUUGACAGAGUUACUGGCCGGGUGGAUCAAGGAUAAUUGGAGUCAUGAUUGUUAG